CUAAAGGCCUUUUCUUUGAGGUGUCAAGGUGUCACUAGUCACUAGUCCAGGAACAUUCUAGAAAUCAGAAUGCUGGGUGGAAACUUAUUUCACAGGCAAAGUUGUUGGUGGAACUCUCUCUCCUCUGCUUGGGGAAUCUGUUUGCAUUUUGAGGGGAAAAACAAAACCGCUAUGCUAUGCCAUCCCAGCCCCAUCUCUUUUUUUUAGCAUUUUAUUUUAAUAUAUUUUUUUAUUUUUUUACUAGUUUUUGGGUAAAGACAGUUAUUGAGCGGGAAGAGGGGAGCCCGAUAGAGAAAAUGAGAGGGAGAGAGGCGUACUGCUUCACCACUUGGGAAGUUUGCCACCCUGCAGCUGGGGACUGGGGCUUGAACCGGGAUCCUUAUGCACUGUAACAUGUGCACUCUACGGGUGCACUAGCUCUACCCAACCUCUUAUUUUAGUUUUUAAUGAGAAAGAAAAUGCAGAGAGAGUAGGAGACCAGAGCCCUACGCUCAGCUCUGGCUUAUGGUGUUGCUGGGGCUAGUUUACAUCCCAAGGGAUGGAGCCAGAAGAGCGGGAGACCCCGGGGAAGCAACCCGCUGUGGUUUCAGGCGGUACCACUUCUCAUCACUUUCCACUCUAAAGAUGUUCUGUUUCAUAUCGGACUAAGCAAGCACUCUUGGUGACUCAACUUUCCUUGUGGAGUAAAUACAUCACAGUGAAAUCACAGUCCCGGUCUCCAGAAUGCCGUGGGAUGCUGGCACUUCAUGGGCGAAGGUGUGACAUGACCGUCUGCAAAUGCAGUGACAGAGUGACAGCAGGAAUGCAUUUCAUUCCCUCCCCCCAAAACUGGAGAAUAACUUUGCCUUGCAAAUAUUUGUUCUAAGCCGAGUUCAAGGCUGUGUUUUUGAUGAUUCGUUGUGAAAAGCUGACUCCACAGCAGGAACCACUGAACCCCCCUUGCUGUCCUUGGCGCCCACUUCUGCAGAUGUUCAUGGCGCUUGGUAACCUAUGGGCCUGUCAUGUUGGGUAUCUUGUGAGCUCAGGACACAGUGUGACACACGGAGCUCCGGUUCCAGCCUGCUUCUGCCAAGUGGUAUGGAGCACCCCAGCAAAGAGACUGAUCCUGAAGCUGGUCCAACUUGGCCAGCCCUUCAGACCAUAUGCUGGUCCUACAGGUAUGGAUCUCUGGCAGCUGCUAUUGGCCUUGGCAGUGGCAGGCUCAGGCAAUACUUUCUCUGGGAAUGAAGUCAUACCAGCUGUACUAAGCAGAGCAUCCCAGCACCUACAAAGACUUAAUCCAGCUCUCCACACAAAUUCUUCUGGAAAGCCUAAAUUCACCAAGUGCCGCUCACCAGAGCUAGAAACGUUCUCAUGCCACUGGACAGAUGGGAGUCCAGGAUCCAUACAGCUGUUCUAUAUCAGGAGGAGCACUCAAGAACGGACUCAAGAAUGGAAAGAAUGCCCUGAUUACGUCUCUGCUGGAGAAAACAGCUGCUACUUUAACUCAUCGUACACCUCCAUCUGGACGCCCUAUUGUAUUAAGCUGACUAGCAAUGGUGCUACCGUGGACCAUAAGUGUUUCUCUGUGGAGGAAAUAGUGCAACCAGAUCCACCCAUCGCCCUCAACUGGACCUUGCUGAACAUCAGUUUAACGGGGAUUCAUGCCGAUAUCCAAGUUCGAUGGGAACCACCUCCCAAUGCAGAUGUUCAGAAGGGAUGGAUAGUUCUAGAGUAUGAGCUGCAGUACAAAGAAGUGAACGAGACCCAGUGGAAAAUGAUGGAUCCUGUGUUGUCAACGUCCCUUCCCGUGUACUCACUGAGACUAGACAAGGAUUACGAGAUACGGGUGAGAUCCCGACAGCGCAGCUCUGAGAAAUAUGGUGAAUUCAGCGAGGUGCUCUACGUGACGCUUCCUCAGAUGAGCCCCUUUACAUGUGAGGAAGAUUUCCAGUUUCCCUGGUUCUUAGUUGUUAUCUUUGGAAUUUCUGGGCUAACAGUCAUACUAUUUGUAUUCAUGUUUUCUAAACAGCAAAGGAUUAAGAUGCUGAUCUUGCCUCCUGUUCCAGUUCCAAAAAUUAAAGGCAUCGAUCCAGAUCUACUGAAGGAAGGAAAAUUAGAAGAGGUGAACACAAUCUUGGCCGUUCAUGACAGCUAUAAACCGGACUUUUACCAUGAUGACUCUUGGGUUGAAUUCAUCGAACUAGAUAUUGAUGACCCUGAUGAAAAGGCUGAAGGAUCAGACACAGACAGACUCCUAGAUGCUGACCGUCACGAAGCACCUAAUAUUCUUGGGGCGAAGGAUGAUGACUCUGGGCGUACCAGCUGUUAUGAACCUGACAUUCUGGAAACUGACUUCAGUGCCAGUGACGUGUGUGACGGUACCUCAGAAGUUGCUCAGCCACAAAGGUUGAAAGGGGAAGCAGAUCUCUUGUGCCUUGACCCGAAGAAUACAAAUUAUUCCCCUUCUAGUGAGGCCCCCCCUGCUAUUCAGCUGUCCACUGUUAAUCUAGCACCAGAAAACAAACCACGGCCACUUCUGAUGGGUGGGACUGAGUCAACUCACCACGCUGCUCCUACUCAAAUAAGCAGUCCAAGUUCACUGGCAAAUAUCGACUUUUACGCCCAGGUAAGCGACAUCACCCCAGCAGGGAGUGUGGUCCUCUCCCCGGGCCAAAAGAAUAAGACAGGGAUAGCCCAGUGUGAUCCACAUCGAGAAGUCGCCUCACUCUGCCAAGCAAACUUCAUCACGGACAGCGCCUACUUCUGCGAGGCCGAUGCCAAAAAGUGCAUCACGGUGGCCCCGCACGUUGAGAUGGAAGCCCGUGUAGAGCCCAGCUUUAACCAGGAAGACAUUUACAUCACCACGGAAAGCCUUACCACUACUGCGAGGCGCUCUGCUGCAGCAGGGCAUGCACUCGGCUCUGAGAUGCCUGUACCAGACUACACCUCGAUUCACUUAGUGCAGUCUCCACGGGGCCUCGUCCUCAAUGCAACUGCCUUGCCCUUGCCUGACAAAGAGUUUCUCUCAUCAUGCGGCUACGUGAGCACAGACCAACUGAACAAAAUCAUGCCAUAGCCUGUCUUUGACUUCCCGUGAGCUAAGUAUUUAAUGGCAGAGGGAUGGCUUAGGCAUGAAUGCUUCAACCAAAAACAAUGUUUAAACCUUCCUGGAAACGGGGCGAAGGGUGUGGAUUCUAAACGCCUUUUCCUGAAGUGUUAAAACAUGAUAUUAAGAAAAAAGGAGGAGAAGAAGAAAACUAAAUCAGAUAAAUAUUCCUAUUGUGAAUUGUAAAUAUUUUAAAGCAAUGUCUCAAAACCUGUUUAGUGGCAGUGAUUGUCUUGGUUAUUGUGGGUAUUAAUUUUGUGAUGCUAAGCAUUGAAUGGCUGUUUUCAAUGUAUAGUAAAUUGUGCUUUUGAAAAAGCAAACUUAUCAGGCGGCUUUUGCAGUUCAGGAGAAUCGAAUGCAAAUCAUGGCACAGGCUAUUUUUAUUAAUAAUUGGGAACUAAAAAUUAUAGGGAAGGAGAAAAAUAGUUUCGAUAGAGAAGACAUCUAUUUUGACAUAAAAAUGGAUAAAGAUAUUUUUAAUAGCUCACACUUCAAGCAUGGCUGUUUUAUAUUCUACUGCACACUGUGUACUGUAGUUCACUUGGACCUAUCUGAAGAAUGUAACAACUACAGUUGAAUGCUGGUUCAUCACUUUGGUCAGUGCAUCUAAGGAAAAACAAAUGAACAAGUUAGUUUUUUACAAGGCCCUUUUUAUAGCCUCCCCACAAGCUCCUUAAAUAAUUCUAAAGAUAUUGUAAAUACUUUAUUAGAACAUCUUCGCUGUAUUUUUACAACCAUUUGUUCACUUAGAAAAAAAAAAAAACAGUGUUUCCACAGGUCAACUUCUAUGAAUCAAAAACCAACAAGAAAAACUAAAAAGUUCUGACUCGGGUUUUGGUUCAUAUCAGAGAAGUUCCUGUUAAGCAAAAUAGAAAGUAAAUUUGGUUCAUGUUGACUGGGAUCCAGAAGUGUUGUGGCCGCACUUGGUGUGAGUCAGUCUGUAUACACAAAUCAUGAGAGACAAGCCCAAGACCUCUCCUGUGACCACAUGAGCACAGACCAACUGAACGAAGUCAUGCGCUAGCCUGAUCCGAACAGAACUUGGUUCUUAUCUCACAGUUACCUCUGUAGGGAGUCAGCAAGCAUCCUGUACAUGGAAGCAAGUCAAGUGUAGUUAGCCAGAUAACAGAAUACCAAGUUCCAGACAUCUGCUCAUUCCUCAUGGUGAAAAGAAACGAGAACAAAGAUUUUAUCUCACUACAGGGAACUCAAGAUUUACUUAAGUCAAUAGCAGAAUCUUGCUCCCUCACCCAACUUAUUCACCAGUGGUAUUUAAAUCGGUAAAAGAAACGUCAUCAUCUUUACGUUCCCCUCUUGAAGGGCUGACCUCAAAACUGAUAGAAAGAAUCUGGCAUCCUUUUGAAAUGAUCUUUUAUUCCAUUAACAACCGAAACACCCGUCUUAAAAGUGUUGGGAUGGUUCCUCAAAAGAUUUUUCAGAAAGAGAAGAAUCUCAUUUAUCAUUGAAGAAUGCCACUUUCUCACUUUUAUUUUUUAAUAAGAUUAACAAAACUUUAAAGUUAGCCUUCAGAUAAAUGGUAUUUUCCAUCUAGCUCAGUCCUUCUGAGGACAUAAGCUUCAUGGCUGGUCACUUUAAAUUCCCUGCUUCUUGCAAGGAUAGUGAAGAACUAUAAUUGGGUGUUCAAAGUUCAACACGUCAGUUUGUAAUCAACAUUUAGUAGAUUAUUUUUCUGCUACCUUGCUGCUACGGUUUUCUCUAAGAGCUACACAAUUUCAUUUCUUGCCAAAUUCCAUCCGUGUAGAAGCUAAUUCAACCUAAAACUGUGUGUUGGGGAAAACUGUCUUACUCUUUCCUAAUAGGCUGCCAACAUUUCGAUAGCCAAAAAUAGCUAAAUACCUCAAUCAGUCUCUGAAUGUCAUUGUGGUACUUUGCUGGCCACACAAGCCAUUAUUCACUACUAUGACGAGUUGCGUCCUGCGGUUUGUAUUUAACUUUCUUUAUGUCUGUGGAUUUUUUCCUUCAAAGUUUAAUAAAUUUAUUUUAUUGGA